UUAAAUCACACACACACACACACACACACACACACACACACACACAGUAUACAUCCAUGCACCCUGUCAAGUCAAAUUUAUUUAUAUAGCACCAUUUAGAUGCAAAGACCUUCACAGUGCCUUUCAUAGAAAUACAUUAAAACAGGACAAUCUUAAUCUAAAGAAGUUAAGAUUAUGACAUCUAUUAAAACAAAACGAUUAAGAAUCGCAUAAAAUUGAGAAUAAAUAUAGUUAAAAUUUUCUAAAUUGCAAUAAUAAAAUAAAUAAAAUGCAAUUUUUAAUGGAAAAGUGUGUUCAUAUAACAAUAUUUUAAUUGCUGAUUUAAAAAAAUGCAUAUGUCAGCAGUUCUCAAGGUAUCGUUUUAUUCUGAGUGUAAACAUAUCCAGACCUGACAUUUUGAUUUCACUGAUCUGAACCCAUAUUUGUGUGCUUUUAAUCUGCCAUUGCCAUUGUGUUUUUUUUUACAGUGAGAGCACAAACAUAUUAAAUCAACGAGCUGAAGAGGAUUUCAAGUACAGGCUGAGUACAUUUCCUCGAGGAUUUAAACGCAUCAUAUUUGUCCUCUCAGUGUGUGAUUUCGCAGCCAGCUGAGUGAAUCAAAAUCGUAAAAGGAUCAGAAAACAGACUGCAAAUCAAUGUGAAGAUUCAACAGCAGAUGGCAUCAGCACAGGGAUGUUUCCUCCUCCAAGCUGCAGCAAAGCGGAAGUAGAAUUGUUUCACUUCCGGUUCGAUCCAAGAAUGACAGCAGCUGCUCGGCACUAGACACACACAGAGACACGAGAGGUGCAGAGUUUAGUUGGUUGUUUGAGAGCUGCUGCUGCUUUUCCAAAUGGAUUAUACUGCAACUCAGAGUGGCUUCAGACAGCGUAAGUUACAGCCUAAUAUGCGUCUCAGGAACAGCUCUGCAGACGGCUCAGAUGGCAGCCAGCUGUUUGAGGAUACCAGUGGAGCUGGAGUCGGAUCACAGGCGGGCUUCAGGAACCAGCAGCCCGGUCCUCAGGGGUUUCCUGGCCAGUCGAUCCUCUCAGACCCCAUGUCCAACCUGGCCAUGGCGUACGGAAGCUCCCUGGCAACCCAGGGAAGGGAGAUGGUGGACAAAAAUCUGGACCGGUUCAUCCCCAUUUCGAAGCUGAAGUACUACUUCGCCGUGGACACGGUGUACGUGGGGAAGAAGCUGGGCCUCCUUGUUUUUCCUUACAUGCACAAGAACUGGGAGGUGAGCUACCAGCAGGACACUCCUGUGGCUCCACGCUUUGACGUGAACGCUCCUGAUCUCUACAUCCCCACCAUGGGCUUCAUCACGUACAUCCUGGUGGCCGGACUGGCCCUCGGCACACAGAACCGGUUCUCGCCGGAGCUGCUGGGAGUCCAGGCCAGCUCGGCGCUGGUGUGGCUGAUCAUGGAGGUCCUGGCGGUCCUGCUGUCGCUCUACCUUGUCACCGUGAACACGGACCUCACCACCAUAGACCUUCUGGCUUUCUCCGGCUACAAAUAUGUAGGGAUGAUCGUAGGAGUGGUGGCAGGACUUUUGUUUGGGAGGCCGGCAUAUUAUCUCUCUCUACUCUGGUGUUGUGCUGCCAUCUUUGUCUUUAUGAUUCGCACAAUGCGCCUGAAGCUGCUGUCCGAGGCGGCGGCGGAGGGCCGGCUGAUCAGAGGAGCCAGGAACCAGCUGAGGAUGUACCUGACCAUGACCAUAGCGGCGGCGCAGCCCGUCUUCAUGUACUGGCUCACAUUCCACCUCGUCAGAUAAAAGCCUCCACACACGGACGCACUUUGGCUCACGUAGAAGAUGAACUCUACCGUCUGAACGCCAUCUCACCCCCCCUCCCUUUACACACACACGCAAAAAACAAACAAAAAAAAAGUCAAAUAAAAACACCACCCCGCACACAUAUCAAAGAAGGUGGUCGCGGUGUUAGAGCAGAGUCCAGGACGACUCUCUCCUCGUGCGUGGAGCAGAGCGACACGCCGCCAGCCAUCAGGAGAAGUGAGGCGGCGUCUCACAGCACAGCCAUGUCAGCAGAUUUGCCUUUUUUUCUUUUUUUAAACGUCUUCAUAAAUUUGUAGCAGAAAGCAAGCAGCUUUAAGUUGUUUUUUUCUAUAGUAUGUAAUUACCUGUUAAUUAUGUUUUGUAAGACUUAUUUAAAUACGAAUGUCUGUGUGUAGUAUUUCUGUGGACGUCACUCCGGUCUGAUUAUUUUCUGAGCCGACCAAAAAGAAAAGCACACUAACCUCACACGAACCGUCCGUUUGGGCCGAAGAACGAAACUGCAGGGUUUUAAGUGAUCAUCGGGCUCUUCGUGGAUGCGUUGACGAGAAGGACUUUCUUUGUGGUUUUGUAAUGUGAAUUAUGUUUCAGGGGGGGAGGAGUACCGGGACUCACUGGAAAUGAGGUUUAGCUGACCGGUCUGUGCUCGUGCAGUCGUGCGUGUUUGAGCUUCGCUGCCUCAACAGAAAGAUCGGCUCUAAGGAACAAUGUCAUUAAGGUGUACACUUCAUGAUCAAAUGUCAAGCUAACGUUGAUGUGUUUUUUAAAGGACAUAAAUUAUUAGAUGUGUUUAAUACUGAAAGACAAUGGAAUAAAGAAAGGGAAAAUGAGAUGGUUUGUUUCUGCAAAAAAAAAAAAAAACUCUUCUAUGUCUGUUGAAGAUACUUGAAUUUACUGUCAGAAAUGCUUUAAUGUGCUGAGGAGUCGUCUAA